AGGUCACUCGUGGAUUAGGCUCCUUGCACCUCUGACCUGCAGCUCUAUCAACACUAAGCUGCUGAGACCAAAUCCACCAGCAGCAACCGGUUUGUCACAUGACUCUCUCCCUCUCCUUGUGUGUGUGUGUGUCUUUUAUUUCCGCGUUCACCGAAGCUGGAGCCGGGAGCUGAAUGAGUCUUCACGGCCGCCUGCGUGUCCGUCUUUUGCACGCCGCCAAACUGCGUCUCCGUGCGGGGAUUUGUCGGGCGAGUCACGCAGAUCGCAUCGCCUGAACCGCACCGCACCGCGCCGCCUUUUGCAGGACCAUGCUCACGCGUGUGAAAUCGGCGGUGGCCAAUUUUAUGGGAGGCAUGAUGGCUGGUGGCUCCAACGGAGACCAUCCGGGAGGCUCGGAUCUGCCGCUGAAAUUCCCGUACAGCAGACCGGAGUUCCUGGGGCUGUCGCCGGAUGAGAUCGAGUGCUCGGCGGAUCACAUUGCGAGACCGAUCCUCAUCCUGAAGGAGACCAAGCGGCUGCCGUGGUCCACCGGCUACGCAGAGGUGAUCAAUGCAGGAAAGAGCACAUUAAACGAGGACCAGGCCUGCUGUGAGGUGCUGGUGGUCAAAAGGAGACCUGCAGGAAGCUCCACGCCCAACCGGACCCCCACGAGUCGCAGGAGGUCUUCCCUGCCCAACGGAGAGGGUUUGGGUGUCCGGGAGUGUCCGGACAGCUCUGAAGACCUGACCUUGCACUACUGGGCAUUGUUCGAUGGUCACGCUGGUUCUGGGGCAGCUGUGAUGGCUUCCCGUCUUCUACAUCACCACAUCGCGCUGCACCUUCAGGAGGUGACUGAAAUCCUCUGCACUCCCAACCUGCUGCCUCCCACAUGUCUUGGGGAAGAGCCCGUUAAUCAUCACCUCACCCCGACAUCCCAACGCGCCCUUACCAGGGCCGCCUCCCUCCGCGGUGCAGCAGGGGCUCCGGGUUCACCCAGCACCCCACCCACGCGCUUCUUCACCGAGAAGAAGGUUUCACAUGAGAGCCUGGUGAUCGGAGCUAUCGAGAACGCUUUCAAAGACAUGGAUGUGCAGAUAGAAAAGGAGAAGGCGGUCUACAACGUCUCAGGGGGCUGCACUGCUCUGGUGGUCGUCUAUCUGCUCGGGAAGCUCUUUGUUGGGAACGCUGGGGACAGCAGAGCUAUCAUUAUCCGGGCCAAGGAAGUCAUCCCCAUGUCAACAGAGUUCACACCGGAGUCAGAGAGACGACGACUGCAGUUCCUGGCCUACAUGCAGCCCCACUUAUUAGGGAACGAGUUUACACAUCUGGAAUUCCCGAGGAGAGUCCAGAGGAAGGAGGUGGGGAAGAGGAUGCUGUACCGUGACUUCACCAUGGCGGGAUGGGCGUAUAAAACCAUCGAGGACGAUGACCUGAAGUUUCCCCUGAUCUACGGCGAAGGGAAGAAGGCUCGCGUGUUGGCGACCAUCGGGGUCACCAGAGGUCUCGGGGACCACAAUCUCAAAGUCCACGACUCCAACAUCUACAUUAAGCCCUUCCUGUCCUGCUGCCCUGAGGUCAAAGCGUACCCUUUGGCACAGUGCGAGCACGGAGCCGACGACGUCCUGGUGAUGGGAACUGACGGACUGUGGGAUGUCCUCUCUAACCAGGAAGUAUGCGAGGCGGUCACCUGUUUCCUGGCAAACUGCGACCCCGACGACCAGCACAGGUACACAAUGGCAGCUCAAGACCUCGUAAUGAGAGCGCGAGGGGUGCUGAAGGAUCGAGGCUGGAGGAUAUCAAACGACAGAUUAGGCUCCGGGGAUGACAUCUCCGUCUACAUCAUUCCCCUCAUGUACGGCAACAAGCAGAACUAGCCGAAAAAACUACGAAACUACAACCACCACGGAAACAUAACCCCGCCUUGAUCCCCUCCGACUUCACUUGUGCAGUUCCCUUCAGCCCUUGUUGUGCUCUUCUUUCUUCUUCUUCUUUUUUUUUAAAGUGUUUUAGACUGGAAUUCCUCCAAUUCCUCUAUCCAAGAUGUUUCUGCUCAGAGAUGGGAUUUCUGUCCAGGCUGUUUCCCCCCCUUGAUCAUCUUCAAUCAGGAUGAUCUCUUUUUGUCUGGUCCCCUUUUUUUAUAUAUAUAUAUACACAUAUAGAAAAGAAAUCAAAUCAUGAAAGCAGCUGUUAUAAAGUUGAACAACUGUUUUUUUUCUUUUCAAUCUCGAGAAAGCCAUCAUGAAUCUCGUUUUUCGGGGAGGAAGGGAGGGAACGGGGCGGCAGUUCUUAAGGUCGAGAUCAUGGACUCAUAGAUGAGAUGGUGACGCACAUCUCAGGACUGCUGUUAGUAACUAAUGCACAAUAUUUAUAAAGGAGAAAUUGUACAUAUUCCUAAUCAUGACAUUUGAUAAGUCUACCUGUAUACUGUAAAAAAACAACAACCUGAUGACUGAUGUCCUGCAUAUAUGAAUCAUUCCAUCUGUGUCCCAUGUAGAGCUUUUUAAAAUUAGCCAAGUUCAGUCACGUGCAAUUGUCUGUUGUCCAAAAAGGAGAAGAGGAGGAAAAAAAAGCUUGCGAGCCUUCUCUAGACAGCAUGUCAGCUGGUUCUCCUAAUGCUGCAGUUGCUAUUUUUGUUCACUUGCAUUGCAAAAACUGCAUCCUCUAUUAAGGAAAAGCUGCUCCCUUUUUUUCGAAAACCGAAGAAACACAUUUACGAAGAAUACACUACCAGGAGGAGCCACGGUCAAGGUUUUCACGUGACGCCGUGUACGACAUCUUCUCAUACUACUAAACCGUGUCCAGCUUUUUCUUUUUUUCUUUUUUUUACACAUUAAUUCAUAUUUAAGAAAGAAACAAAUUGUUUCUGUUGCACUCAUCAGCCAUCUACCUCAUAAUUUCCUUCCUUUUUUAUUACACAACGACGCCCGUUGUCAUCGCCCUCAUCGAGCGGCUGUCGGCGUGCUCCAUCAGCCGUUACCUGUGCCAUUAUUCGGUUACAUCGUCACGAUUUUCUCAUGUAACUUAAAAACAAACAAACAUCAGAAUAGCACUGAAGCAAAAAAAAAGGUGUGAAGUGUACACUAUUGUACAAAAUAUAUUUUUUAUAUAUAUAUUCUUCUCAUGCCCUCGUUUUUACCUUUUCUCUGUAUCCGCUGGAUAUAUUGUCCCCGUUAAGACAAACCCAUCUUUCUGAAAUAAGCAGGUGCCUCAACAGCGAGACUCACUCUGACUUUUAACGUGUCACUUUAAAAGGAAGUCGAAAUAAGACUCUCAUUGCAUAGGCGACACGUCCCUUAUUAUGUCUCUCUACAAUCAACGUCGUUCCCCUUCCACACGUCGACUUCAUUUAUUUUAGUUGUAGUUUCAGGCUUCUAACUAAUCGUGCACAAAUAUUGUAUCUUAACUGCUGUAUGAGUGAGUAAAACUGGAGUAACGUAAUUUAAAUGUACAAAAUGUAAAUACCGUUUUCAGUGGACACUUUGAUUCUUUCUUUUAAUGUAAUUGAUGUACAUCUUACUGAAACAAAAGGCGUGAUUUGUACUGUUUUGGAAACCUAGAACAGUGUAAAAAAAAUAAAAAUAAAAUGGUUUACAUGCUCAAUUUUCUGCUCUAAUAAAAGAAAAUAGACAAUU